AUGCCUACAACUCUGGUCUCUCGUCUCUCGUCUCUGUUCUCUGGUCUCUUCCGGCACAGCAUCGCUGCUAUGUGGCCCAAACUACAAGUGCUAACAGCGGCAUCUGUCAUUGGCAUCUGUCUGCUGGCCACGACAGUAACGCCCACGACAGCUCCGGCAUUGACGACGUCGACGAGGCUGCCAGUGCCGCUGCAGCCGCCCACGGGGCCCCAGAAUGUGACAAGCACAACUAUCCGAGCGGAGGAAGUGGAGCUGAAGCGGAGGCUGCAUCUGAAGGCGAUGCUAGAGCCAGUCAGCUUGAGUGACAGCGCCAAGGAGCUUAAUAAGCAGGCCGAGCGGCAGAGCGAGCCCGUCGACGACUUGCACUAUGGCAGCGAGUUGGGGGAGCCGCAGGAGCCGGAGGAGCCGGCGGAGCAGCAACUCGAGCAUGACGAAACAACAGAGUCAUUUGUGGGCGUGCCCGGCUUUCUGCCCACAGUCCUGCCAGCCACCACAAAACUGCCACCAACUAAUGGCCAUGGUUACAUACAAUUCGAUGUUAACGAUGAACAGCAGCAAGGGCGGAGGGCGCCCAGCAAGAGUGCAGCCAAAAAAGCCACCGUGAACGAGGUGCUCUACAAUCUCUUCCCCAAUGGCUUCUCGGAUAUCUUUCGCUUCAGUUAUCCGGCUGAAACCCCAUCAUCAAGCAGCAGUACAAGUACCACGGCCACCACCACCACAGAACUCAUCGAUGCGGUGCAAGGCACGACCAUUGCCUCCCAGGCAACGGCGGCCACUACACCACCAGAUUCGGCCAAGAAUCAAACCUAUUACAGCUACCAAACCACGGUGACCAAGGAGUAUCGUCGCGAACUGCGCCCCGGACACACGCAAAUUGUGGUCGAGAAGAUAGCGCGCUUGCCUCGUCAGCAUUUCAAGCAGAGCAGCAGCAGCAGCAGCAGCAGCAAUCACAUCUCCCAGGAAGAGCUUCUUCGCAUUAACCGCGCAGCCGUUGCGGCUCCAGUUCUGCCCACUUUGUUGCUGCCACCCAACGAUGAUAACGAUACGUUGAUGGCAGCCGAAAGCGCUCCCAUUGUGAUUCUGGGCGAGCACGAGGCCGAGUUGGAAGACAACCAGAGCAUUGAGGAUAAUCAGAUUGCUGAGUCGCAGAAUCUGGGGCAGCAGAUCUAUCAUCGGCGUCUGCCACCACCUUCCCCAUCUGGUGGCAUUGAGAGCUAUCGCCAGCAGCAUGGCCCCGGACAGGAACAACAAAUCAAUGUGCACAUUGUCCACGACCAGUCGCUGGCCAAGGCACAAGAGACGGCAGAGCACAGUGCGCCACAAGCUUUGGAUCACUAUCAGGCGCACAGCGAACAGCAUUUUCAGCAGCGCCAUCAGACAGCUGAGGCGCCAUCGCGUCAGUUUCUCAAGACCUUCAAGCCAAUAAUCUCGGGUGCAGCUGAUGGUCCCAUACCCAAAGGCUCAUUCCACUACGAGGUCAACAGUCCGCCACAACUGUUGCCUACGCGUCCGCAAUCAGAAGCUGAUUAUGCUGGACCAUAUGUGCGUCCAGCUGCUCAGUUGGCCUAUCAGCGGGAGCUGAGCCAUGUCCUGCAGCAGCAGCAGUCGCAGCCAACACAUCGGCAGCCCCCAGCUCAGCUACAUACUCAAGCGGUUGCGUCUGCUAAGCCAGACGCACCCAUUGACUAUCAGGGCUAUGGUGGUCCCACGCCAGCAACUGCCACCCCCAGCAGCCUGCUCUUUGUCACACUGAACACGCCUCAUGCAGCGCCUGGCCCGCCAGCGCAGCAGAAGCCCCUGGAGCACCCCUCACUCCUAAUUCCAAGUCCUCAUGAAUAUGUCUCGGAAGCCGCUGCCGAACCCUCUCAGCAACACGAACAACACGCUCCUCCCCCGCCCAUUUCCGCUAAGCUACAAGCCGAGGUCAAACCCAACCACUACACAUUUGUUGAGGUGCAGAAAUCGGUCAACAUCCACAACAAGCUCAUCACCGAGAAGGAUGGUCAACUGGUGGAGCAGCAUGAGACUAUAUAUCAUCCGCCGCCCUAUCAACAGAACCAUUUAUCGGUUGACUACAGUCCCAAGAACUUCGUAACUGCUAGUGCCCCUCCGGGUCCGCCAUCGACGCCUGCGCCUCCCCACAACUAUGUCUCGCUGGCUGCCAACCCCAUACACGUGCAGCAUGUGGAGUACGAUAGCUCGCCACAGGAAGGCGCCAUCUCACAUUCUACAAUUCAUUUGGAAACAGGCUCUCAUCACGCAUCCUCCCCACAUUAUUCCCAUUCCCCUCAACCAGUAGCCAUUGUGGAGAAGCUGGUGCCUCAGCCGCAGCCCUACGCUGUUUCCGUCGAGAAAGUCGUUGAUCGUCCGGUGCCCAUCAAUCAGGUUGUCGAGAAACACGUUGCCGUACCCUAUGCCCAUCCCGUUCCUGUACCAGUCCAUGUGGAACACUAUGUGGAUCGCCCCUAUCCCGUACAAACUAUAGUCGAACAGCCCGUCCCUUAUCCCUACCCCGUGGAGACAGUGGUGGAGAAAAUCGUUGAGAAACACGUACCUGUCGAGGUGGAGCGCAUUGUGGAGAAGCCGGUUGAGGUGGAGAAAAUUGUCGAAAAGUUUGUCGACCGCCCCAUGGCCAUUCCCAUUCAUGUGCCAGUUGCCAUUCACAUGCCUAUCUCAGCAGGACCCUCCCUCGGACCCUUUAGUUAUGCACAGCAUCCCAAUUCCCUUCUGCCCUGGUCGCACUCCUCCGCAGUGGCCCAUGUGCCGCCCAAGGUGCUCCAAAACUAUUACACGCGCAUGCUCAAGAAACUGUUGCCUCAGCUGACUGCCAGCAAGACCAAGGCCAGCACUGUCACUGCUCCUGCGCCUGCUCCUGCGUCCCAGCCUCCUACGAAACCACUGCGAGGAGACGCCCCCAAGGUGGCCACCUUCAGUCUGGCCGACAUGCGCUUCGAUCUGCGUCCUCCACCGCCACCGCCGGGAUCGCCUUGGCUGCAGAGCUCACGAUACAUCUACAACACGCUGCCAGCGGACUUGGCCACGGCAGCCGCCUCGGCGUCUGCGCAAAUGGUCAAGUCGUACAUCGGUCCCGUGCCAGCAACCAGCGCCACAAAAAGCAAUGAGUUCGACGAAUUCCAGCGCUGGCGCAACGGACACACACUUAAGCGCAGUCCCGACUUUGGUCGCAAUCUAAACAUACAGUAUGGCUUCAAGCCCCCACUGGUACCCUCUGUGGAGAUCGACGACAAGGGCAACCCGCUGAAGCAGACGCAAGCGGAGACGGAGAUGUAG